CGCGUUCGUCUGAUGGUUUGUCCCAGGCUUUACAGUAACUCAGGGGUCAGCUGAGAGGGCAUUUUCACCAGCAGCCGGAGUCUGGGUCUGACUCUGCCUGUAGCACUGAUUCAAAGUUUACUUGGAAGUCCUUAGAGAGCCUGUUUCUACUUGUGUGAGUUAGUCUGGGAGGUGUAAAGAAAAGGCUGACAAGUGGAUGUUUUUGUAAUUAUAAAUACUCUUGUGAACACUGAGGAUGUCUAAUUCCACCACCAACUUCUACGCGCGAUCACAGUCCUUCAGCUUGUCUGACAUUAUUGUUGUUGCUACAUACUUCCUUCUGAACCUGGCAGUUGGCAUCUGGUCAUCAUGCAGAGUGAGCAGGAACACUCUGAGUGGAUACUUCUUGGCUGGCAGGGACAUGGCCUGGUGGCCGAUUGGGUCAUCUCUGUUUGCCAGUUCUGAGGGUUCUGGUCUGUUCAUCGGCCUGGCUGGGACCGGAGCGGCCGGCGGUAUCGCUGUCGCUGGGUUUGAAUGGAAUGCCACCUAUGUGCUGCUGGCUCUGGCCUGGAUCUUUGUGCCAGUCUACAUCUCCUCAGGGAUCGUCACCAUGCCUGAGUAUUUGGGACGGCGUUUUGGGGGUGAGAGGAUCCGAACCUACCUGGCGGUCCUCUCGCUGCUGCUGUCUGUCUUCACAAAGAUAUCGGCUGACUUGUACUCUGGAGCUUUGUUUGUUCAAAUGUGUCUGGGAUGGAACCUCUACCUGUCCACUGUCCUGAUGCUGGUUGUCACCGCUCUCUACACUAUUGCAGGCGGCCUGGCUGCUGUCAUCUACACAGAUACUUUACAGACAUUCAUCAUGAUUGUUGGUUCAGUCAUCCUAACGAUCACCGCUUUAAACAAGAUUGGUGGCUUUGGAAACUUGGAGCAUGUAUACAGCAUAGCAGUGCCCAGUAAGAUUAUUCCAAACAGCACCUGUCACCUGCCGCGGGCUGAUGCCAUGCACUUGUUCAGAGACGCCGUCACAGGAGACCUGCCCUGGCCCGGAAUGACUCUGGGCCUCACCAUACUGGCAACCUGGUACUGGUGCACCGACCAGGUUAUCGUACAACGGUCUCUCGCUGCUAAGAACAUGAGUCACGUCAAAGGAGCGUCCAUCUUCACCGCCUAUCUGAAGAUGCUGUCUUUCGUUUUCAUCAUCGUUCCUGGAAUGAUCAGCCGAGCCCUCUAUCCAGACUCAGUGGGAUGUGUUGACCCAGAGGAGUGUGUGCGAGUGUGUGGAACUGAGGUGGGAUGCUCCAAUAUUGCUUUUCCUAAACUGGUUAUUGAACUAAUGCCAAGCGGCUUGAGGGGGCUCAUGAUAGCUGUGAUGAUGGCCGCUCUGAUGUCAUCACUGACGUCCAUCUUCAACAGCAGCUCCACGCUCUUUACCAUGGACAUCUGGAAGAAACAUCGCCCGCUGGCUUCUGAGAGGGAGCUGCUGUUGGUCGGCAGGAUUGUGACGGUGAUCUUGGUGGUGGUGAGCGUUGUCUGGAUCCCCAUCCUUCAGUCAGCCAACAGUGGCCAACUGUACGAUUAUAUCCAAUCGGUGACGAGCUGUCUGGCCCCACCAGUCACAGCUGUCUUUACACUGGCAGUCUUCUGGAAGAGAGCCAAUGAGCAGGGGGCGUUCUGGGGCCUGAUGGUGGGUUUGGCGGUCGGUUUGUGCAGGAUGGUGAUGGACUUUGUCUUUCCUCGUCCCGGAUGCGGGGUCGAGGAUUCAGCCCCUGUGGUGUUACGUGACGUGCACUACCUCCAUUUCGCCAUUCUGCUGUGUGGGAUCACCGCUAUAGUGGUCGCCGUGAUUUCACUGCUCACGCCACCACCCCGCCCGGAACAGUUGUUUAACCUGACCUGGUGGACAAUAACUGAAGAGCCAAAGAGAGAAAUUCCUCUCCAGAAAGUGUCCUCUGUCAGUCACGGCUUGGAGCCAACCCGGCGGGUCGUGUGCAGCCAGGGAACAGGACUGUGCGUCGCAGCCUUACGGUGCUCAAAGCAAACUCCAACUCCCAGAGCUCCCAGCAUUCGAGAGAGCGUGUUCUGGUCCAGGUUCUGCUGUGCCAACGCCCUCCUACUGGUCUGCGUGAACAUUUUUCUGUAUGCUUACUUUGCCUGAAUGAAGGAUCAGAUUAAACACAAAACCUCACAGAGACAAACUACAGUGGGAUUCUCAGCAGAAUUGCUUUUUUUAAACAUUAAACUCAUUACUGUUUAAGGAUAAUUCCUUUGAUUAAAGCGUAGUAAAACGUUAGUUUAUAAAUGAUUUUCACUGAAUAAAAACAUAAGUUUGUAAAAAGUUUAUCAAAUGAAUUUGCUGUUAUUCGUCAUUGAGACGUUUUGUGUUUUCGAAGGUGUUGGGCCUAAAAAUAUCUAGAAACCUAGUUAAAGGAAGUCCUAAAUAAAAGGGUUGAGAUCAUCAGCUUUAGUGCUCGAGGGAACACUGAAGGAUAAAGUGAAUCCCAGAAGCCUGUUUAGUUCAGAUUUCUCCCGCUGCCUGAAGCUUAUGGUAGAAGGAGUGCCGUAAACGUUGUAUUUAAUCUGAUUAUAAACGUUUGAAUCAGCAGCUCGGAGUCAGGUGGUAAAAACAAUCAUCUUUUUUUAUGUUUAAAGGCUGAGCUGAACCCAGUCACAGAUAAAAAUGUGUAAACAUCCAUUACUCAUCUGUUUUUAUUCUCUUGUAAUAUUUUUUUAUUUUGUAAUGCUGUAAAAAAUGUCACCCUAAUCCUUUUCCUCUCAUCACAACAUAAUUUAUGAAUCUAGAAAAGGACGUUAUGACUUGUAAUAAAGGCUCAAUCUUUUAUCUGCA